GUUCUACGCGGUACCUAGGUACGAACUCUAAUAUUUUUCAACUCUCCGCUACUCCACUCCCCUCUCCGGCCUCCACCAUCUUUCCGCCAGUACAUGAUCGUGCCUUACACUGAGGCCGCCAUGGCGCCGCCUUUGCUUCGACUUCCAGGCGAGCUGCGCAAUACAAUCUACGAAUAUGCGCUCACCGAACCAAGAGGCAUCUAUUACUGCGAAGACAAAAACGGCGUCGGUCGACUGUGCCUUGGUUCGGACGUCAAAUCCACAGACUGCGGCAAACAAUAUUCCACGGAAGAAGAUCGCCAACGGAUCGACCCAGACGGGUGUGCGACGAAGCGCCAAAAAUCACCAUCCAGUGGGUGGACAGAUCGGCCGGCAAUUCAGACACCGGGAUGGUCAGCUUCGGCAGCCACAUAAUUGCCAACCAACUUCAAUACGUCAGCCGCCAACUCCACAAGGAAACGCGAGGUCUCGCAG